AAAUAUUUAUGCCAACCCACAUAAAUUACAAAAAGUAUAUUUUUUCCCUAAAUCAAAUCCAAUUGAGAAAUAACUGCACUUUGUAAACAGAUGUAAGAAAUGCUUAAUGCCGGGCGCUGACUCGAGGUUUAAGCCGCCAUCGGCAAAUGAAUCCUUGGCCUCGGAUGAAGAAGCGUCUCAGUUGGAACUUCACCUUCAGAGACAACUGGAAGAAGAUGUCGCAAGAAUAUUUGAUGAAUCCAUUUAUACUGAUCUUGAAGUGGUGUGUGGUAAACUAAAAAUAUUAACUCAUUCAUGUAUAUUACAAGCUCGCACAAAUAAAUUUUAUCAUAUACUUCAGACGAUAUUGCAUGUUAACAUCGGGCGCAGUGCUUUUGACGAAAUAUAUUCGUUUAUCAGUGAUACCUACACUGAAUGCAAUAUAAAACAUCAAGAAAAAGAGAUACUGGCCUAUUUAAAAACAUUAUCACUAAACACAAAAGAAGCAGUAGAAGAGCCUGAAGAGUUUUUGACACCCAAGUGCAUAAGCCCCUAUGUAGAGAAAGCUUUGAAGAAAAGUAUUAGUUCUAGCCCUAGUACUGAACUUACAAAAGAAUAUUACGCUCUAGUGCCAAUAGAAGGCAACUUAUUAGAUAAAGAACUCAUAGAACAGGACGUUCUUUCUAAUGCUUUUCAAUCUAUUAUAAGUUCGCAAAUCGGAGAUUUAGAUAAGGUCAAAGGUUUUCAACGUAAUAAACCGACUUCGUUGGCUCUGAUUUCUAGUCAUUCAUCCAAAUCAGUGAAACAUUCCAACAGUUGUGAUAUUUUAAUUAAAAGUCAUCUUAAAGAUGAAAGUUCAUGCGGAACUUUUACAAACAUAGAAACAAAAUUAUUAGAUAUUGCUGCUGGUCAGUUUACUAAAACAAAUCAAGAUAUCGAAUCAAAUAAAACGUCUGAUAUUGUAUGUAAAAACACGAAGUUGAUUGACCCGCUUUUGGACAAAUCUACAGAUCCGGCUUAUUCCCCUGACAGUUUAAUAGCAGACGAUCCUAGUUCUUCUUCUGACUAUCUGUCUGCAGCUUAUACUUUUUCACCUGGUAUAAGUUCCGUUUUCCCCCAGCAUUUAAAUGUUGGAAUCAACAUCACUAAAAUGGAAAACAUUUUUACGUCAUCGGACUCUGGCUUGGAGAACACAGGUUUGUUGGAAAGUCUUACCAGUCAUAAAGAUAUAACUGUGACAGAUAUGUCGCUAACUGAAAGUACCCUACAUGACUUAACCACUGACGAUGGUAGUAAUUCCCACGAUUCAGUGUCAAGUCCACUAGUUGACAAGAAAAUUUCUACAGCAUUAAAUAUUGAAGUUUCCCUAAACUCUGCUUCAUGUACAUCAGAAAAUAAUACAUCAGAAGACCAGUCCACAAGACCAAAAGAAAUGACUUGUAAUUCCUCAAAAGAAGAAAAAGAAAAACAAAAUGAGGAGAUUGUUAUUCUUGAGUCUUCAUCUUUGUCUUCAGAAACAGGAUCAUGGGAAUCUGUGUAUCCUCCGAGAUUAACUGCAACAGAUAUGUGUGAAAAGUUCAUUCACAAUGAGCGUCGAAAUUUUAAUGAAGUAGAACCUAAAGUUUCCUCGAAAAAAGCAGACUGUGAUGAUUUCUCUCACACGAGUCAAAGCCUUGUUCAGAAAUCGCCAUUCAAAUCAUCAUCAUGUUUUAUUGAUGCUGCAAGUUUAGUCGAUGAAGAAGAACAUACAAUUAAAAUAAUUUCCGAUACCAAUGAUAUCUCAGAAAUCAUAGCUUCAGAUGUUCCAAUACCUAUGCCAAGUAAACCUGUACCUUGUUCAACAAAUAAAGUAGAUAUAAGUCCUAGUGAUUGGUCAGAAAAUGAUAACGAAGACUCCUUAGAACAAUUGGAUAGCAAGGACCCCGAUUCAAUACAAAAAGACCUAUCUCCAACAAUUUUUGAAAUGACACCUAUCACCGAAGAUUCUUUAUGUACUAAUGUAUUUGAACCAGGGCAAAAUAAAGAAUCUGAAGAAAUGAAAGAAACUGCUAUUAAAGAAGAUUUAUCGAACAUUAACUCUGGAAAGGAUGAUUCAAUAUCCAUAAGCACGCCCUUAAUGACUACACCUUAUAACUCGAUAAUGUCACUUAAAGUUUCUGGUCUUAAGCAAUAUGAAUCUGAAGAAAGCGAAAGUGACACAACUAUAGUAGGUCAAAAUUUAACUAACAUCUUGAAAAAAUACAAUGAAUCAUCACCAAUUAUAUCAGGUGGAGCUUCUGUAGAAGAUCAUUUACCUAAUAUCAGUAGCAAUUCAGGAAGCCCGUUGAUACGUACGUAUAAAAAAAUAGAAAAUAUACCGAUAGUUUCAGGAGCCUAUGUCCCCCCUCUAGAAGCAGAAGUAAGCAAGUCACCGCGUCCAUCUUGUGCCCCUACAUGGGUAGUCGAUAUGUCUACCUCCUCUAAGUCAGACGUCGAUACAGUUCACUCAAAGAAACCCAGUGAUAAAAUGUGCGAUAGCCUGAGAUCCUCUUCUAAAAAUAGUUCAGAAAAUUGCAAUAAGAGCAGAAAUUCAGUGGAUUCUGACAGCAGUGAGAGGUCAAGCCAUAAAUUUUAUAUCGAUUUAUCAAGUUUACCCGAUCCUAUACCGCCUAAAACUCAAAAUGAACCAGAAACAGCAAAUGAAAAGAAAAAUAUUUUUUCAAUGUAUAUUGAUUUUGGAGAAAAAUCUGCGUUGAAGGAAGCACCCCAUAGAUUAACUUCUUUAAAUAACAAGAAGAGCGAAGCAAAAAUCACUCCAAAAAACAAUAAAAAUAAGGUGGUAUAUACUCCUAUUUCAGUUUGCUCUAAAUUAUCUGACCCAAACAGCACAUCGACUUUUGAAAAAUAUGAGGUUUUAUGUGAAGAUUCCAACAUCAGUAUAUCAGAAAUCAUCAACCUAAAUGAGGGAAAUCGGAGAGAUACCAAAUCAAAAGAACUCAAGAAUUCAGAGUCAAAUAAGGACCCCCGAGCAGAAGAGAAAAAUCACCGACCCGAAGUGAAAAAUCACAGUGAUAGAUCUUUCCAACGGAAUUCGAGAACAACAAUUCACGAAGAAUCACUCAAAGCGAGGAUUACUAUAUUUGACGAAACAUUUUAUGAGCUGGAGGAUGAAUCAUUUGUGAAGUUGUCGGAUUUAGACAAACCUAUUCUGAAAGCUGAUCCUCCUGUAAUUAAAAAACCCGACAAGGUUGUAGAUGAGCGAAUGACCAGGUCAAUACCUGAUAACAGUUGGCGCGAGCAGCAAAAUCAAGGUUGUACAUCUAGAUCUAAUGAGAUUAUAAGUUCCUUUCAUUCGGAAAAUGCACUUAGCUUAAAUAGGUUGUUCCCGCACCUAAGGACAGAGUUCAGUAGAAGCAUGCCCGGGUCUUUGUCGAGCAGGACACGGUCUCCUUUAAGAUUAGGAGUCGAGCAGAGUCCCGGGGACUUAGACGAUCAAACUUCAGAUACAUCGGAAAUGAGCAGUGUGCAAAGUAGUUUUUGCCGAUCUAUCGUUGAAAACAGUACGACUGAAGAAACCAGCCAAGCCUCAAGUCUGAUAGGGAAUUGUCAAUCCCGCUUGGGGCAAGACCUUCUGCGAAUGUUUUUGGAAGAAAUAGCUCCCGACGUGAUCGUGGAGGUGUCAGGGAGACGAAUUAAAGCACACAAAUGUAUUUUAUCAUCAAGGUGCCAGUACUUCGCUGGGAUAUUAAGCGGUGGCUGGGUUGAGAGUGCGGGGAAUGUUAUAGCAUUGCCACCAUUUUCAUUUAACGUUGUCCACUUCGCUCUCUGUCAUAUAUACUCAGGUGUUUCUACAAUACCUGAUUCGAUAAGUAUUGUGGAGCUUGCAACAUUGGCUGAUAUGCUGGGCUUGGAAGGCUUGAAGGAAGCUAUUAUGUUUACAUUAAAAGCUAAAUAUUGUCAUCAUUUCCACAAACCCUGUGCGGUAUGCAAAGCUGGAGUGCUGGAAUGUUUCCCCCUGUGCUCAGUCUAUGGCCUGGACGAUUUGUACAGAAAAUGCUUGAAAUGGAUUAUAAAGUAUUUUCCUUGGGUGUGGCCUACUAAAGCUUUUGCCACACUGCCUUCCGAAUUAUUGGAGAAAUGUUACCAAGAGAUUGUUAUCAAUAUGACGCUUGAGAAUAUUAUCAAUACAGUUUACGGAUGCGGCCUUACAGUUCAAGACUUGCAUCAUAUUCGAUGGGGCGACAUUGUAGCACGUAUAUGCCGCCGUUUGGUGCACGCUGCGGCACACUUUAUCGCGCCUAAACUUGUGACAGUUCUGCGCGAAAUCGGUACGUUGCCGCCCGACCCGCCGCCGUCCGCUAAACAGGCGCUCGACGAAUGCAUGGCCGCGGCCAUAGAAUGGGCGCCGCCGGACGAAUGCUGCCGCGCCUACGCACUCCUGGCCGGCGUCGCCAGGGAAAUACGAAACCACCGAUUCGCCAAGCCCGAUCUGAUCACCAACGGCAACCCGAACAACGUGCCCGGUCAAGACAACCUUCUGUACGUCAGCGCCGGCAGCUGGGUGCAGCAGUGCGAGGGCGCGCUGGUGCGGGCGGCGCCGCGCGUGUGCUGCACGCAGGCCUUCGCCGAGCUGCCGCCGGAGCUGCGCGCGCGCCUGCGCGAGCUGGGCUGCAUCAUGUACGGCCAGCCGCAGCUGCCCGGCCGAACCCCCGCCCUCCACAGCCGCAGAAGCAAGAACGCUCACCCCAAACCGAACAAAACCCAGCCAUCCACGUCCAGGAACUUAGAUAUAGACCACAUGCGAGCUUCUUUUGUUCCAUAUGCUUCCAAGCCGGCGACCCUCGUCGCCCCGGGCGUGUUCAAAAGUAGCAGCAAUGAUUUACAAGAUACAAAAAAGAUGUCUCGCGCUGCCCCUCCUAAAGUCAGGACCACCAAAGCGCAAGAGGAACGCGCGAAGUUUAAUUUGUCCAAGGCAAACCCGUCCCAGGAGCGUCUGAAUGCCAAGGUGAACGCUGCGAAGCCAUCGUUUGAACACACCAAGCCCAGAUAUCUGGAACCUAAAAUUAUACCAGAAAUGAAAAAAAAUAUUAGUACCAAGAAAUUGGUCCCUAAAAUGAUAUCGUCUAGUGAAUCUUCUCGGAACUCAAGUCCCAUUCAAGCGAGAAACUUGAGGACGAGUCGCAUGAAAAAUCGGCAGGCAAACGAGGGGAAGACGCAAGCUUUGUCGCAGGACAGCCUGGCCACGUGCUCGCGGCCGCGCACUGCUGAGCCGUCGACGGACUCGCUCAGUGAAUCGCAGACCAGUAACAAAUAUGCCACCUAUACCAAGGUGCGGCAUACCACCAAGGGAUCCAUUGAAUCUGCUGCAGUGAAAUGCACUCGAUACGCUACCGCCCCCAACCCAUCGGCAGUGACAAAUGGUAAAGUAAAGACAAAAAUACCCGUUUAUUUAAACUCUUUGUCCAAGUCGUACAACACAGAUAACAAGAGCAGUUGUGACGUGCCGUCGCCGCAAAGUAAAUCGUUCCCCGCCCCUAAAACAUCGACGGCUACACAUUCCACUGCAUCGGUGCCGAUGCGUAGCAAGAACUACGAGAAGAAUUCUUCGUGCUCUUUGAUGAAUGCAACAAAAUCUAGCUCUGCCAAAAUGGUGACGAAAAUAAUCAAAGAAUCUCCCCGCUCUAAAACGGUUACAAAAAAUGUCAAGGGCAAUUCCAACUCUCGACGUCCUCAACGCAGAGCAGAAACCGAUCCACAGAUGGAAAUUCCUGUGAUGGAACGCUCUGGUACUUUUCUUAAAGACGAGCCAACUUUCGGCGAUAAAACAACUAACAUAGAUUUAGAUGAAUAGACUGCUCGCGUGGGCAGUAUUAUUUUACAAGCUUUAGCGGGAGCCAGGAAAUAGCUGCGCCGUGACGAGAUCUCACCGCGGAUCCCGUUAAAGCGUUAGUAGCUAAAACCUUUCAGAUUAUACAGACUACAAAUCUUCCAAUCAGCAACAAGAAUGUUAACGAGUUACGUUAUUUAAAUGUUUGUACUAAAAUAAGUGAAAAGACUGGUAAAGACUAAAGAUUAACCCCCAGUUUCUGCACCGAGAUAUUUAGCUUGAGUGUGCUCAUCUUUUACUUAAGUAUGAAAUUAAGCUUUUAAUUCAUACUGAAGCUUUAGUCAUACUUGUAUAAGUAGAAAAUAAGCACACUCAAGUUAAAAAUCUCAUUUCAGUGUGCCUACCAUGAGUUUACGUUAGGUGAGCUCGCUAGCGAAUACGUCAAAAAAUUAUAUGAAGAUUUUAUUUCUUGAAAGUAGCCGCUAGGGGCGCUGCACAAUAUGUCAUACAUUUAAAUGUCAUUUUUUUACGCAGUCGCUAGCGAGCACACCUAACGUAAACUCAUGGUAGGCACACUGAUACCGGGGAACUAGUGCUCGUCUUUUGUUACAUUUUACGUUCAAUUCAAUUCGGUAUUGUGAACUAUUGUGUUACAAACACCUUUAUUAUGAGCAGAAUAUCAAAAAGCAUAAUAUCAAAACCUUUAUACCUAACUCCUACAAUAAUAACAUUUAAUUAUAGAUUCACAUCUUAGUGCUUCCAAUUUUUAAUACCGUAUGAACAAUAUUUAUAUCUUGACUGCUGAUUGGGGUGAUCUAAGCCAAGCUCUCUGCUUGUGAGGUGUCUUUUUUCAGCUCUACCUCAUUAUCACUCGUAGAUUUUUAAUGUGUGGACUGUUUUUAAUUCUGGGCUGGAUCGGGUAGUCUGUCCACACAUAACUCGAGGCAGAGUAGCGUCUGGUCUGUACUCUAGGCGAUUAUGUAGAUUCUACCUAUCUGUGAGCUAAAAUAACGACUUACCGCUAUGUGGUGAAGGUAGUGUUUGAGUGUGUAUACUAAUAUUACGCGUAAUAUAUUUUUUUAUUGUAAUAUUAGUGUAGAUAAAUUACGCAGGUGACAAUGAAGUAAUGAUGUGAUAUAUUUUGUUGGGUUGCCCAGUAAAUUAAUUUCCCGUUAUGGCCCUAUUAAUGAAUCCGAUGAAUUGAUACUUAAUAAUUAAAAUGUAUUGAAAUAGUAGUAUCUUACUAAUAUUAUAAGUGUGCUUUGUAUGGAUCUCUAGAAUUUACAGUAUUAUUAUUUACCUAUACAUCAGAAUAACAUUUAUAACAAUCUGUGAAAUCUAAAUACGCGAAGCGGUGGCAAAAUCUAAUUAACUACAUAAAUUAUUAAAUAGCUUAUUACGAUUUUUUGACAUGUGAACUAAUUUGGAAUGAGCAUUGUAAGGGUCACCUGUGUAGGGAUUGUAUUUUUAUCACGUAUUUUUAUGCUUGAUGUUUCUAUAUAGGAGAUGUAACUACAUAUAGAUUGAUAAAUGCAUGUCUAUGUUAUCGUCAUCUAAAUGAUUAUACUCAAAUAAUUUAUUUUUUCUCUUUAAUAGCGUAAUUUGGCCAUGGUUUGUAAAGUACACGCAAAUCUGGCGUAUCUUAUUAAUUAUACAUAAUAUUAUUUAUUGCUAGAUUUUUUGGUGUCUGCUACGUAUUUUGUCGCUGUUUCAUAAUAUUGUGGAUCAAUUAAGAUAGAAUUUUGCUAAUAUUAGUCCUGAAACCAAAAAUAGCGACUCACUUGUAAAAUACUGUUAAUUAUAAUUAUUAUGAGGAAUUACGAUUUAGCGUUAUAUUUUACCUGAGUACUCUUGACUUGUUGACUGUUAGGUCCAUAACUAUUAAUUAUUUUGAUAAUUGACUUAAUAGAGUGGCGUUGUUUUAAAUAAUAGCAUUUAUAGGAUGUUUAGAAGCAAUGCGUGUAAAGUGCUUUGGGAACCAAUAAUAAAUAAUUUUCCGCCAAGUAAGUAUCUAAUAAUAAUAAGUAUUAUUCGGCUGAUUAUUUAUACAUAUAUUUGUUACUUAAUUUUUCCAAUAUUAAUUUCUUCAAUCUUAAAUUGAUCUCGCGUUGAUCAUCUGAAAGGAUUCUUCACUUUCUUAUUGGUUGGUUCUUGAUGGUUUCUGAGCUUAUUUCUUUUUUUUUCUCGUUCCCAAAAUCAUGACACACAUGUUCAAACAGCCUAAGACUAGGCGCAGACCACUGAUUUUUAGUUGGCCGAUAGUUGUGCCCGAUUUUAAAUUGUAUGAAGAAUCGGCCAAAUCGAAUCGGUGUAAUGUGCGCACUUCCAUACAUGCCCAUACUGACCAACUGCCCGACUAAACUAUCGGCCGACGAAAAAUUGAUGGCCUGCGCCUAGGCUAAUAGAUAUACCUGCCGUAAUCACAUCUUUUAAAGUAGCGAAGUAAAAUUUAUAGUGCUUACUUAAUAACCAAAGUUCCAUAACUCUGUGGUAUUUUUGACAACUAUAAUAUCUAAUUUCCAACAUUACUUUUUCUAAAUAGAUGGUGGAAUUGAUUAUAUUAUGCUUAAAUUAAUGAAACGGAAUGGAAUUGCCAACAAAUUAUUCCGUAAAAGUAUAAUAACCGUUAAAAAUAAAUUAUAAAAACAAUAAAAUGCCAGUGCUUCGGUUGUCAUAAUCGCUAAACGAAAAGUAUUUGCAACACUUUUUCUACUUAGAAAUAAAUAUCCUUAGACAAACAAAUAAAUAUCAACUAAGUAGGUAAGUAAAAUUGUAUCUUGUCGUUUGUAUUUUUAGUAUCAACUGAGAAGGAAAAGAAACCUUAGUUUAGUUUUAGUUCAACAGAUUUGUCAGAAAAUAUGCUUCUAACAUCGUUUUCAUCUUCAUCUUAAAUAGUGAUUACAUACCUCAUGUGUAUAAGCUUUUAUCAUUCAGUCAUAGUUUUUACUAAAAACAAAAACUUACUACUUAUUGCUCUAAAUGAGACGACGUAAUACGAGCUAACAUAAUAACCCCAGAAAGUACUUAUCGGUCUAACUACAUUAAUAUAACUGACCAAAAGAUACAGGAUGUAAGAAAUAGGAAGUUGGCAAAAACCUAAAUAGACGUAUGAACUAGUUACAUUAUUUAUUUGGAAAAUCAAUUUGCAAGUUCGCGUACAAAAAUACUAUUAUUAUCGAGUUUGGAAACAGCGAUACCCCGUUUAGUUUUUACCAGACACCCUCCUUACAUCCUGUAUAACAGGUUCGAUAGUGAAGACAAAAGCCAAGAGUUCUAUCCCAUCCUAUACAUAUUUUAUUGAUUAUUCUAACAACACACGAGAGAUAUUUAUUUUAGUGAAACUUGGUUACUUUAUUUAAUAAUUUAUACUUAAAUCAGCAAUUAUUUUUUAUAUUACUAGUUCGUUAAGUGAGAAAUGAAAUUAAUUAUAAUCAAUUACUUUAAAUAGAGGUUUAUUUUUGUAAAUUAAUAUAUACUUAAGUAAGGUAUGUUCUGUUUUGUGCAAUUUGUUAUGUUUUAUUUGUUUAUAACAGAACUUAAUUAACUCCACUUUUAGGAAUCAUAUAAUCAACUAUAAUAAUAUUUUGAUUUGGUAACAUAUAUGUAUAAGAUUUAAUGUUUCAUUUUACAAUGGUCGGGUUGAUUUGAUUAAGUAUCUUUCUGUAGUAGGAAAUUAUUUUGUAUUGUCUAUAAGAAAAAAAUGUAACUAAUAAUACAGAUAUUCGUAGCAAUGUAUUUUGUAUAAAAACUAUUUAUGCUUUUACAAAUCAGCAGAAUGAUUGUCUUUAAGAUUAUGAUCUAUUUAGCUUAGUACUUUAAAACUUUUGCUUAUAAGUUAAUUUGGGAAUUAACUAACUACUACGUUUGCAUGCAGGCGAAAACAUUUAACACUUAUACAGUACAGUACUUAUUAUUAUUCUGUAUUUAUGUUACAGGAAAUGUAUGAAUUCUAGGAAUUGUAUACUAUUCCUAGGAAAUGUAUACAAUUCCAAAGCCAUUUAGGAAAUGUAUAAAAUAUUGCUUCAGAGAUUUUUUAAUACGCACAUAUCCUAGGAAAUGUAUACUUUUCCUAGGAAUUUUAUAGAAUUCCAAUAUUGUAUUAGGAAAUGUAUAAAACUAAGCGGCACUGGCGCGGUCGCGUGAUCGGAUGCCCCUCGGUACGCCUAAAAUUUCAUUUAUUAAACUACAUAUUAUUGGCAUGAAGGUUUUAGUACUCCUGUAGCUGGAUAACAAUGUCUAGGUUAGGUUAGAUUAGACUUGCGACCUUACACAUACACAGCUGCCGCGCGCGGUAGCGGCCGCCGAGCGCUAUUUAAGUUUCGGAAAAAAAGUUUCGGUAAUAAAACAAUUGAUGCAAUACCCUCCCCUCGCACCGCAUGUCCACGCGUAUUCAUUGAAAUCUUAUAAUAUUACAUUUCCGAUUGCUGUUUAGGAAAUGUGUGAUUUUCCUAGGAAAUGUGUCCAAUAUAAUUUACAUCAGACAUUUCCGGGUGAUUUUAGGACUUAUACACAAUUCCUAGGAAUUGUAUACAAUGACGGAUUUCAUACAUUUCCUGUAACAUUUAUACAUAAUAGGCAGUAUCGUGUUAAUUAGAAGUGCUUUUUUGUUUUUAAGUGGAACUGCAUUUCAGAAAUGUGUUAUUAGGGUAAACAAGCAACAAUUUAAUCUUUCGUUAAAUUGUUGAAAUUUUAGUACCAAGUACUUACCUAAAGCAUUUAUUUCUCGAUUAAUAUAAAUAUAAAGUCACAUAGUAGUUUGCAUGUUAAAGUAAAUAAUAUAAGAUCUUUAAAAACAUUAACAUUGAUGUGCAAUACAAAUCAAAAUACACAAUUUGAUACUCAGUCGGCUAUCCUGAAAUGAUGCGAAGACCGAUAUCCGCUAUUUUUAGGUAAAGAUUUAUUUGUUAAGGUUUUAAGACAGUGUAGUCAUAUUUCUAUUUAUCUUAAUACCAGUGUACCCUAACUAAUUACAUACUUACAUAUUUAAAAUAAUCAUAUUACCUAGGGUUAAACUUUCAACUGAUCUCAAUGAUGCGUAGUAUUCAGUUUACACAAUUCAGGUCUGCAUCAGCCAUCGUUAGAUAAAUUAGGCCAUGUUUUAUUUUUAUAAUGACCUUAUCGUAAAUCUUUGUUUAUGCUUAAAUUUGAAAGCUAGAUAUUAUUAUUAAAGAUGUACCGAGAGCAAUUGAUAUGUUACUUAAUUAUUCAUUUGAUUAGUGUGUUAAAUUAUACGAUUUUAAAAUUGUUAUAUCUGGUCGCUUUUCAAUCUAUCGCAAUGGAGUUCAUCUUUAGUCAUAGUGCGUAAAUAAUUGUAAUUAUUAUAAUUUAAAAACACAAAUAUUUAUUGUUGAUGAAUGUCAUAUCUACAUGUAUGUUGUACCUAAUAGAUUUCAUGAAAUACACAUUAUCC